AUGUCGAGCGACAACGAAAUGGCCAUGGUGCCGACAGAAACGGCCCUAGACGGUCAAAGGAGUCCGAUCAAGAUGAGGAAAAGAGGUGUCACAGCCACGCAGAAGCAGGCUCUCAUGGAGAACCUUCAACUCGAGAUUACCGAACGAGCCCGCAAACUCCGAACAAACUACAGCAUCCACGCGCAAAGUCUUCGGACACGAAUUGAAAUACGCGUCAACCGCAUCCCAAUGUCCCUCCGAAAAAUGAAGAUGGGCGACUUGCUUGACAAGUACUCCAACCAACAACGACCCCCCGUAGCCGGCUACCUCAAAGGACCCCCCGUACCAGAAAAGGACUCCAACCCUUCCAAGGUCUACCCUCCCCGAGCAGGAGGCGUGACCUACCCAUCCGCAGCAGCAGGUGCCCCGCCCAAGCGCCGCAGCCACGAGAUGACCGGCGGCGACAAGGAAAACGAAAACGACGCGCUCGCUAACCCGAAGAAGCGUCCCAGAGCCGAGCAAUUGCCGCCGCCAUCGUCAUCCCAGGCGCAACCUCCUCCACCACGAAGCCAAAACAACAACAACGUCCUCUCCCCCACCUCCUCAAACACCCGGACGGUCGGUAGAUGCAACCCCACGACUACACCAGGCAACACCAUCCGCUCGGGAAUCGCCCGCCCAACGGGAAAUGUCUCCCCGACCAAAGGCACCACGUCAACCUCCCACUCUUUACACAAUACCAUCUCCCGUCCCCCGCCGUCGGUCUCCCGCCCUGGAACAUCGGCUUCGGUCAGAAAAAUGAACUUUUCAUCAUCCACCUCCACCACAGCCUCUUCCUCCGCAGUGAAGAGAAAACGCGCCUUGACAGCUGCUGCGCCUACCCCGCAAGCGGUAAGAACAAUCGGUGCCAACCGGACUGGGCAGCAACAACGAAGGGUUAGUGGCACUUCGGAGUCUAGCGAGGCGAGCACGGGAACGGUGAUUAAGAAGCGGCCGGCGACGGCGCCGGGGGAGAGGCCCCCGAUCACGAAGGCGAUGGCUGGGGGAAGUGGGCACGCGAAGAGCAAGAGUGGUGUUUCUGGGGUGGGAGGGGGGAAGAAGGCGGCGACUGUUGGGGCGAGCGCGGGGAAGAAGGUCGUUGCCGCUGCGGCGGCGGGAGGGAAGGUUGGGACGACGGGGAGUGCAGCGGGACGGGUGUUGAGGAAGAGGGCGCAGGUGUAG